UCUCUGCUUUGUUCUUAAUCCAAAGAAGCCAAGCAGAAGCGUCCAAAGGAGGCAGGUGAUGAUGGAGAAUCAUAUCCUAAUCCAUGCUUUACGAAGCAAGCGAUCGGGCGAACAGGUGGUGCUCAUCCAUUCCUCGAGCUUCUUCCAACCAAUCCCCCUCUAAUCCCUCAAUUUUUCACUUUCUUGAGUCUUGAGUUCCGAUUUUGGUUUCUGAGAAGCCAAGAAAAUCUAGGGUUUGGAAUUGUAGGAGGGAGCCAUGUGCCGGGGCAUAGGGUUUAAUCGCAGUGCCAUAUUUUUCGCCUCGAUCCGCCUCUUGGCGCCCUACAUUUGAGCGAGAAUAGCCGGAAAGUUAGGGCCUUUGGGCUGGAAUCAGCCGCCGGAGUUUAGUUGAGCUGGGGAUUUGAUUAUAUUACAGAUCGGAGGAGGAGGAGGAGGAGGAGGAGGAGGAGAUGAAGGUGGUGGUGGGGAGCCCUGGAACUUGGAGUGGGCUGCUGCUGAGGACUGGGCAAUGUGCCUUUGCUGGUGCUUCCAUUGCAGUGAUGCUCUCCGCUUAUGGAUUCUCCAACUACACUGCUUUCUGCUACUUAAUCGCUUCAAUGGGACUGCAAACUUUGUGGAGCUUUGGACUCUUAUGUCUUGAUGUAUUUGCAUUGAAAUCUAAACGAGAUCUGCACAAUCCCUUGCUAAUAAGCUUGUUUGUGGUGGGUGAUUGGGUGACAGCAACACUCUCACUUGCCGCUGCAUGUUCUUCAGCAGGCGUGCUUGUUUUGUUUAUGAGGGAUGUAGGUUUUUGCCGAAAGUAUCCUCAGUUAUCAUGUGGUCGAUUUGAGACCUCCAUUUCAAUGGCGUUCGUCACGUGGUUCUUAGUUGCCAAAUCCUCUCUUGCGAUGUUUUGGAUCUUGGCAUCGGUUUGAUCAUACUUGUAUAUGUUUACCUUGUUAUGCAAGCUUCGGGAAGUCAGGAGACGACUGUCAUGGCGUUCGAUUUCAUACCUUUCGUGUUCUUGUCUGGAGGAUUGCUAGGAAAUGCUUGGGUUCUUAACUUUCUCAAGUUGUAUAAGAAUAUUGUUCUUCAUGAGUUGGCCAAUAAAGUCAAUCUCUUCUAAAA